UGCGUUGUUGCUAGGAUACAGUAAACCGCUGCCGGCGCUUGCGUGCACCUCAGGACUGGUUUUAGCGUGUUACCUAAUAAAUCAUACCUGUGAAAGCCCAGAGCGCGUGACGCUGCGGCCGUCGCCAUGGAGAUCGUGUACGUGUACGCUAGGCGGCGCUGCGACUUCGGCCGUCCCUGUAACUUCUCGGACCGGCCGGCCGAGCUGCAUGUGGACGUGCUGCCGGACCCUGCGCUGGCGGCCGACUUCGUUCGCAGGGACCCCUGCGACGUGGCCGUGCAGUGCGCGCAGGAGAUGUCGGAGCACGAGGUGAACACUGAACGCUUUGAGUCAGAAGCUCGUGGGAUAAACCAUGUGGAGGGGGGCUGGCCCAAGGACAUCAACCCCCAGGAAAUGGAGCAGACCAUUCGCUUCCGGAAGAAGGUGGAGAAGGAUGAGAACUAUCUCAACACCGUAAUGCAGCUGGGAACCCUCAUGGAGCAUUGCAUCAAGCAGAACAACGCCAUAGACAUCUACCAGGAAUACUUUGAGGAUGAAGAGGAGAUGGUGGACUCCAGGGAACGGCCCUCAGCCAAGACCAUUAAUGUCUUCAGGGACCCCAACGAGGUGAAGCGCACGGCCACCAGCUUGUCCUGGCACCCGGACGGCAGCCGCAAGCUGGCCAUCGCCUACUCCUGCCUGGAGUUCCAGCGGGCUGCCAAGAACAUGAGCUUUGACUCCUACAUAUGGGACAUCGAGAAUCCCAGCUGUCCUGAGAUGACCCUGAAACCGGCGUCCCCGCUUGUCUGCCUGGAGUAUAAUCCCAAAGACUCCCACAUCCUACUUGGGGGCAGCUACAACGGGCAGAUAGGCUACUGGGACACCCGUAAAGGGAGCCAGCCGGUGGAGACCUCGGCAAUCGAGCAUGGUCACAGAGACCCCGUGUACAAGGCCAUCUGGCUGCAGUCUAAGACCGGCACAGACACCUUCUCCGCCUCCACCGACGGCCAAGUGCUGUGGUGGGACAUCCGGAAGAUGAGCGAGCCCACCGAGAGGCUGGUGCUGGAUCUCGGCAGAAAGGGCAACUUGGACAAUGCACUGGGGGCCAUCUCCUUGGAGUUCGAGAGCACCAUGCCAACGAAGUUCAUGGUGGGGACGGAGCAGGGAUUGGUGGUGUCCUGCAACCGCAAAGCCAAGACCCCAGCAGAGAAGAUUGUUUGCACCUACAGUGGCCACCACGGUCCCAUCUAUGCCCUGCAGAGAAAUCCCUUCUUCCCCAAGAACUUCCUGACUGUGGCAGACUGGACCGCACGCAUCUGGUCUGAGGACAUCAAAGAAUCUUCCAUCAUGUGGACUAAGUACCACAUGUCCUACCUGAUGGACGGCUGCUGGAGCCCCGUCAGGCCCUCUGUCUUCUUCACCGUGAAGAUGGAUGGCACCCUGGAUGUGUGGGAUUACCUCUUCAAGCAUAAUGACCCCACACUCAGCCUGAAGGUGUGUGACGAGGGCCUCUUCAGCCUGCGGGUCCAGGACAGCGGAGCUCUGCUGGCCUGUGGCUCCCAGCUGGGCACGGCCACGCUGCUGGAGGUAUCUCCGGACCUGAGCACCAUGCAGAGGAACGAGAAGGCGCUGGCCACCGCGAUGUUCGAGCGCGAGACCAAGCGGGAGAAGAUCCUGGAGGCUCGGCAGAGGGAGAUGCGGGUGAAGGAGCGGAGUCGCUCGGAGCAGAGCAAGGAGGACGAGGGCCGGGACACCGACGCCGGGGACGAGAGCGCCGAGCAGCUGCUGGCCCGCGCAGAGAGGGACUUCUUCGAGAUCGUGGGGGCGGAGCUGAAGAAGAGGGAGCUGGAGGCGGGGCAGGAGCAGAUCGGAGCGGAAGAGUGUCUUCCUCUCCAGGUGAAGGAUGUCUGUGACGAGGAAGACCGCUGAGGAUGUGCACCGUGAGACUGCUACGCCAUCAAGUCAUCAGGGAACAGUACAAGUGUUUAUUUAAUGUAAAGAGACGACACAUGAAUCAUACAUCAGAGUGAAGCUGAACAGGGACGAUGGAACUGUAUCUUUAACCAAAGGACAUUUCUGCUGUGUGACCUCACCUCUGAUUCACGCUCUCGCCUCCAUCGAGGGCAACAAGGACUAUGGGUAGAAAAGAAGGGAAAAAAUGACUGUGAAAGCAGCACAUAGUAGGUAUGUAGCCACACAGUUACAUUACAGGUUUGUUCUUCCCCUUAAAAUUUGUUUGCUGCUAAUCUGGCAUGUAGCCGGCAAGUUUGAGUCCUCCUUGAAAUUUGCUUUCGGUGAAAUCUACCAAGCCCCUCAGUUAACGAAAUAUACUGACAGGGCCGUCCGCCCCCCCCCCCCCAAGGUGGUAAAAUUGACCAAAUGGGAGCCCCAAGAUAUAUUUCUGGCUAUUGGCCUGGUACACCACAGAGUUUAAUACAGGACUGAAACUCGAAUAGGGCACUAAUGGUUUAAAAAUUUAAAACAGCUGGAACACACCGAAAAUUUCCCCUAACGUUUAGUCACGACAGGAUUAGCCGUAACCAUAUAUAACUCUCGGACCCGUCACGGCCCAAGGCGGCCUGCGGGACAUCGAUACGCAGCCUGUUCACGGUAGCGCAGUCAGCGCUUGGUGACGUGAUUCCUCCUCCCCAUGAUGGAGGGCUGCCCGGUGCCGUGCAGAGGUCACUGACGUAUGCAGGGCACUGUAACUUACGCUCUCGGAGGUGAGUACCCACUAAUGAGCCGCGUUAUAUGACUGUGUGUGCUACAAAGCUGUCUUAUA